ACAUUCAAUGAGCAAACCAACUAUGUUCCCCCAAAGACCAUCAUCACAAUCUUCCUAGCAUGCUCAACAGUCGACCUGAUAGCAAUCAUGGAUCAGACAACACUAGCCGCCAGUCUCUCAAUCGUAGGCGAAGCCCUAAACGCCAGCGACAAAACGUCCUGGAUCUCCGGCGGCUAUUUCGUCACCUCAACCUGUUUCCAGCUCCUCUAUGGCCGUCUCUCAGACGUCUGGUCCCGUAAACACGUCCUUUACACCGGGUUGGCAAUCUUCUUCGCAGGAUCUCUCGCCGCCUCCUUCGCCCAAACAGCCACGCAACUCAUUAUUUUUCGCGCCUUUACCGGCAUCGGCGGCGGCGGCCUCGUGACAGUAGUUCAACUCAUUGUCAGCGACAUCGUUCCCCUCCGCGCCCGCGGCAAAUAUCAAGGUAUCCUGGGCGCUGUGGUUGCGCUCUCCAAUGGACUCGGACCCAUAGUCGGAGGUCUGUUAGCGACGCCCUCCUCCUGGCGCUGGAUCUUCCGCCUCAAUCUUCCCCUCACAGCCCUAACUACCCUCUGUGUGCUCUUCUGCCUCCCGCUCCGCAAAGUCACCGGCAGCUGGAAAGCCAAACUCCGAGCCAUCGACUUCUUCGGCGCCCUGCUGGCACUAACUGGCACUUCCCUCCUUCUGCUAGGCUUAACUUGGGGCGGUGGGAAUCUCCCCUGGGCCUCCGCGCCGGUCAUCGGAACCAUCACCGCCGGCCUCACUCUUUGCGUAGCAUUCGUCAUCUGGCAAUGGAAAGGCACGAGGUACCCGUUGGUCCCGAUGCACAUUUUUCGAUCUCGAAUCGUCAAUGGGGCGUGCAUUACCAUGUUUCUACACGGGUGGAACAUCCUAGUGCAGCUGUACUAUAUUCCCGUGUUCUAUCAGCUGGUGAUGGGAUACUCAGCGCUGAAGGCUGCAGCGUUGCUGCUGCCAAUCACCAUCAUAGCGUCAAUAAGCAGCACCCUGUCCGGUCUCCUCGUCCACUGGCUCGGUCGUUACCGAGAACCCAUUCUUUUUGGGUGGGUAGCCUGGGCCGUCGGGCUAGGUUUGUUUUCGACCUUGGACGGCUCCUCGGGGCUGGGGAAGCAGAUCGGGUAUGCGGCCUUGACGGGCGUGGGGGUGGGGAAUACUUUGCAACCGGCCCUGAUAGCCAUCCAAGCGGGUGUCGCAAGACGGGACAUGGCCGUCACGACCUCUUUCAGAAACUUCACUCGGAACCUGGGAGGGACCCUCGGCCUUGCUGUUGCUGGGACAAUUCUCAACAAUCUUCUCACCACAGCAAUAAGCACAACAACCAGCACCCUCAACCUAGCUCUUGCCGACAAGAAAGCUUUCCUUAGAAGUCCAACCACCUACCUCGCCCAUCUUCCUGCAGACGAAGCCGACAAGCUCCGCGUAUUACUUAUCCCAGUCUACCAGCGCGGAUUCCGGAUCGUGUUUCAAAUUGGAGCCGGAAUGGCUGGGCUCGCGGUGAUGCUGGUGUGGAUCUUAAUCCCGCAGGUCAACCUU